UCCCCCCCCCUCUUUCACUAUUUUUGAGCCCCUUCUCAAGUGACCCGAAUAUGCUCACUUCGGAUCCGGUAACCCGUUUUAAAAACGUGUCCUGGAUAUUAGUCCUUGAUUAAUCACCUGUUAGACUUUGAUGCAGUGACAGCUUGUUGAUUUAGCUAUGGAGACAGAAAAUGCAGUGAAUUGCACGUAUAAUGGAAGGAGCUUUAAUGAUUUAAGUAUCAACAAUGAUUCUUCAGCUUUCAGUGAUUGUAACAGCGACAGAUCCGGAGAGUUUCCAACGGCGUCAUCUCAGAGCCGGCGGUUAUGGCUCGCCUGUGCAAAUUCUGAGAAUUCUGAUGAAUUGAUACGUCAACUCGUAUCGGAUCUCAAUUCCUGUUCGAUUGACGAGCAAAAGCAAGCGGCUUUGGAGCUUAGAUUAUUGGCGAAGAACAAACCAGAGAAUCGAAUUAAGAUCGCUAAAGCCGGCGCGAUUAAGCCGUUGAUUUCGUUAAUCUCAUCCUCUGAUCCUUAUAUUCAAGAAAACGGCGUGACGGCGAUUUUGAAUCUUUCUUUAUGCGAUGAAAACAAAGAACUUAUAGCUUCAUCGGGUGCGAUUAAGCCACUGGUUAGAGCUUUGAGAACGGGAACUUCAACGGCUAAAGAAAACGCGGCUUGUGCUUUGCUUCGGCUUUCUCAGAUAGAAGAAAACAAGGCCGCUAUCGGACGGUCUGGAGCGAUUCCACUUUUAGUUACUCUUCUCGAGAACGGUGGAUUUCGCGGGAAAAAGGACGCAUCAACGGCUCUGUAUUCGCUCUGCACAAUUAGAGAGAACAAGAUCAAGGCCGUUGAAGCGGGGAUUAUGAAACCACUAGUAGAAUUAAUGGCCGACUUCGGGUCAAACAUGGUUGACAAGUCGGCGUUCGUUUUGGGCGUGUUGGUAUCAGUACCGGAAGCUAAAACGGCACUGGUUGAAGAAGGAGGGAUUCCCGUUUUGGUGGAGAUCAUCGAAGUUGGAUCGCAAAGGCAAAAAGAAAUCACCGUAGCGAUCUUGUUACAGAUUUGCGAAGAUAGUGCGGUGUACCGUACUAUGGUGGCCCGCGAAGGAGCGAUUCCUCCCUUAGUCGCUUUGUCUCAGUCAGGCACCAAUCGCGCCAAGCAAAAGGCUGAGACACUGAUAGAGCUUCUACGGCAACCGAGAUCCGGCAACGCCGCUGCCAGGCCCUCAGAUGUGUCAAUAUAGAAAUGUGCCUCGUGAUUGUAAUAAAAAACAAUCCCAGUAAAACACUGAAAUAGAUUUUAUCGAAAAAAAAAAAGAAAUGUAAAUAUCUUAUUAGUAUGUUAGACUUUGAGCUUCUUGAUUUUUGCUUUGCACUUUUGGCUUUUUCAUUAUAAAGAAAAUAUUAAAAAUAUAGUAUUGUUUCCAGAUAGUUCAACUGCCGCUUAGUGUGUU